AAUCCUUCAAAAUUAUUCUGCUCUUGAUGAAUUAUCAUUAUAUGUCAAUGAAAAUCAAUAUAUUUCAGAAUGUCUAACUUAUAUCGCAUUUAAAGAAACAGUCAGUAGUCUUGCGGCUAAUAAAAAUUUUGAUCUAGUGAAUUAUUCAGAAUUUUUGGCAAUGUCGAAGAAUGUAAAAGAAAAGGCAGGAACGGGAUCAGAACCUUUUCCAGGAGAGUUUCUUAAACUGAUGAAAAAAAAUAUAAGUUUAUCACAAAAAAUUCUGGUAUUAUUAAUCGAAUAUUAUUAUAAUGCAUAUGAAUAUUCUUUUGUAAGCUUAUCAGAUAUUCAUAACUUAUCGAAAGAGUCAAUUGUAGUUUCAUCAAGAAUAAACCAAUUUUCUAGACUAAGACUCAGAGCUGAAGUAAUUGGUUCAAAACUUUCAAUAAGAUAUAUUAG